UGUCUUCAAACAGCUUAAAACCUUAAAUUUAAUGCAUAAAGCUCCAGUUACCCAUACUUGACUUGACCUAGAGAGACUUGAUAACUGUCACAUAAAAGAUCCGUUUAAUGGGCCUUGCAUGUAUUUGAUUACCGAACGCAUGACUUGACUUGAAAGUCUGUUGAAUUUAGAAUUUCAAGUUAAGUUGACAUUUCAGAGAGUGGCAUCUUUGCUCUCUCCCUUUAUUUUGACAUUUCAGAGAGUGACAGCUCAGUUAUUUCGCGCGCUUUUUUGAUAGCACGUUUCAUUUCAUUUUCAUCAUUUCAUUUUCAUAAUCUCAUUUAAUUUUCUAUAUUUAAUUUGCCAUUUGAUAAAUAAUCCGAAUAAACACAAUGAAUGAUGAAAAAUUAAUAGAAGAAGUGCGGGCGCGUGAAAUUUUAUAUAACAAGGCCUGCGUAGGCUACCGAGUGCCGAGCCGGAAGAGGGACGCGUGGGUAAGCGUGGCGAAGGAGCUAGGUGCUACUGAAGAGCAGUGCUCGAAGAGGUGGCUGACUCUAAGGGAAAAAUUCAGUAGGGUGGUAAGGAAAAUGGAGGCACCAUCAGGAAGUGGGGCGAGUAACGCCGAAACCUGGCCAUUGUUCGAUAAUAUGAGCUUUUUAAAACUAUAUAUACGGCCCAGACCAAAUCGUUGCACCACAAACAUUUUAGAUGAUAUGUUUUCGCAGGAGCUGUUGGAGCCAAUUAGUUUUGAAUGUUCUCAGACUAAUUUACCGUCGCCUUCGGAGUUGUCGUUUUCAACUCCGAUCCGGAAAAGAGUAAAGAAAACAAACAGCGAUGACGACGGCUGCUUCAAAGAAGCGUGCGAGCUAUACAAAAGCAUGUGUGCAGAGAGGAGCAAAGCCAGCGAGGCGGUGAGGUCGUUCGGUGUUAUGUUGACCUCUAUCAUGAACGAUAUGAACGAGGUAAAACAAAUGAAAGCAAUACAAGUUUUAACAAAUUCAUUAUUUGCUAUUAAAUCGGAACCCGAAUAAUUUUUUUUUUAAUUUUUAAAUCAUUUGUUUGAUGUUUUAUACAUAUAUUGAAUUAAUAUGUAAAAAUGUUUAAAAGGCUUGUUACCUAGACGUAAGAAACAACGAUGUAUUUCAUUUUUC